CCGGCGGCGUGACCUGGGAGCGCUGGGCCGGGGGAGUGCCGCAGCCGGAAGGGUCUGCGCGGGCGACCGGGACUAUAUUAGGAAUCUUGGAAGCAGUGCCAACAUGUCUGAUGUUCAGGAAGCCACUAACCAACUCCUAGACGUGAACCUGCAUGAGAACCAGAAGUCUAUACCAGUGACAGAAAGUGGCCCCAGAAGUGAGUCCGAGCAACUCCAAGUCACUAUUGGAGCCACUGUACCUACUGGCUUUGAGCAAACAGCUGCAGAUGAAGUGAGAGAGAAAUUGGGGUCGUCAUGCAAAAUCAGCAAAGGCCGGGGCAAGAUAUAUUUUGAAAUUUCAGUGGAAAGUCUGGCUCAGGUUCAUUGUCUGAGAUCAGUUGAUAACUUAUUUGUGGUUGUUCAGGAGUUUAAAGAUUAUCAGUUCAAAGAAACAAAGGAAGAAGUUCUAAAGGAUUUUGAAGAAUUGGCUGGAAAACUUCCAUGGUCACACCCUUUAAAAGUAUGGAAAAUUAACACCAGUUUCAAGAAAAAAAAAACAAAGCACAAAAAGAUAAAUCGGAAUUCAGGUAAAGAGAAGAUUGAUAAUGGAAGAGGAAACAAGACAGAUGAGAGAGAUGUUAAAAAAGAGUUCACUAACAAUGCCUUAGAUUCAGAUAUCCUAGACUAUUAUGAAAAUCCAGGCAUCAAAGAAGAGGUAUCAACAUUAGUAGGUGAUGGUGAUUUGGCAUCCUGCAAAGAUGAGACUGAUGGAAGCUCAAAAGAAGAAACUGAUACUGAAGUGCUCAAAUUUAGAGUCACAUGCAACAGGGCAGGAGAGAAGCAUUGCUUUUCCUCAUAUGAAGCCGCAAGAGAUUUUGGAGGUGCUGUUCAAGAGUAUUUUAAGUGGAAGGCUGACAUGACCAACUUUGAUGUGGAGGUUCUUUUGAAUAUCCAUGACCAUGAAAUUGUUGUGGGCAUUGCAUUGACAGAAGAGAGUCUCCACCGAAGAAGUAUCACACAUUUUGGACCUACCACUCUUAGAUCUACUCUUGCCUAUGGGAUGCUCAGGCUCUGUGCUCCUCAACCUACUGAUAUAAUAGUUGAUCCGAUGUGUGGAACAGGGGCAAUACCAAUAGAGGGUGCUACUGAAUGGUCUAACUGUUAUCAUAUUGCUGGUGAUAAUAAUCCGUUGGCUGUGAACAGAGCAGCAAAUAACAUCUCAUCUUUAUUGACCAAGAAUCAAAUUAAAGGCAAACUGUCCUGGGGCUUGCCCAUAGAUGCUGUUCAGUGGGAUAUUCGUAAUCUGCCAUUGAGAACUGGCUCUGUAGACAUUAUUGUAACAGAUAUGCCAUUUGGAAAAAGGAUAGGCUCCAAGAAGAGAAACUGGGACCUUUAUCCAGCUUGCCUACGGGAGAUGAGCCGUGUCUGUAGACCAGGGACAGGCCGAGCUGUACUACUUACUCAGGACAAGAAAUGCUUUACCAAGGCGUUAUCUGGAAUGGGACACCUAUGGCGGAAGGUGCAUACUGUCUGGGUGAACAUAGGGGGUCUUCAUGCUGCAGUUUAUCUUCUGAAGCGUACACCGCAAGCUUUUGUUCAUCCUUCAGAACAAGAGGGAGAAAGAACUCCUUGGUAAUGCAACGAAUCAAGAUGAUUAAUAGGAUUUGUGCUUCCCUACACUGGAAAUGUCAGCAUGAAGAACUUGCUUUGAGAGAAAAAUUGUAUUAACAAAAGUGCAUUUUGCACUGUUCAAACUGCUCUAAAGCUCUUUACCCUGGUUAGAAAAGGUGUGAAUGUAAUGUGAUGGAAUUGAAAAUUUUAAGAGAAAGAGUUUUUCUUUUGAGCUGUUUUGAAGGAGUAGCUGGGGAACUGGUAAAUGCUUUAAAGAUGCUAAGCCUACUAAAAUGUGCUGGGAUUUGGGUUUGGAACAUUUUGGUUUCAGGCUUCAUAGCAGUUCCUGUUUUCCAUUGUAGCAGAUAGAAAGCUACCCUGGCCUAUUGGAAAGGCAGAGAACAUAAUCAGAGCAUCUUAAGCCACAGCUCAUUGCCU